AUAGGGUACAAAGAAGGAAUUGUAGAAGGUAAAGAUAUUACCAUUCAAGAAGGGUUCAAUAAAGGGUACGCUGAAGGAGCUAAUGUUGGAAAAGAGAUUGGUAGGUUAAGAGAAUACUAUACACCUCUACUCAAUAAUACUAAUGUUGAUGAAAGUAACAUUAUACUUCCAACUCAAUCCACUCUUGAUAAAUUAAAAUCUUUAGAAAGUGAACUUGCAAAUUUACCAGUUGAAAAAUUUUUCACAAAAAAUUAUUUUAAAGCAACUUUAUCAACUGAUUCGACAUGUAGUUGCUGUGAAAAGUCGGAUAGUACAAUGGAAGAUUGUUGUAAAAAUAAUAAUAACAUGAAUGAUCGUAAUGAAUCAGAAAGUUGCUUGUUGUCUCAACAGUCUUUAUCACAAAUGAAUUCGCCUGAACAAAUUUUGGAAGAAUAUCGUGAAAAAGUUAAAGCUUUAUUAACUGAAUUAGAAUUUAACAUAAAUUGA